CUCUUCAUCUUCACUUUGUACCGAAAAACACCCUACUUGUUCCAAAGCACAGAAUUGUCUGUUCAAAAUUCUAAGGACAAUCUCCACUAUCCCACCUGAAAAUACCAUAAAGCUUCAAUCUUUAUCUAGUUCCCAACUCAAAGAAUCAGAAUAUGUUGUGAAAACCGAGUUUAAUGAAUUCCCCAUUGACUUGAAUGUUGGGUUUUGUGCUUCGCCGGAAAAUCAAGAAUCUGAGUCUCCGGUUGAUGGUUUCACCGCCACCGGGAGUGAACAUUCCGGUGGGGUUGGGAAAUGCUCUGAUGGUGAAUGUGAAGUUGGGAAAGAAGAAAAAUUGUUGGACAGUGACAGUUUUUUAGAAGUUAAAGUUCACACUAAUGGUGGACUUUCCGGUGCUGACGUGGAAAUUCUAGAAAGUUCUCAGCUUGAGAUUACUAAUGGGGUUUCUGAAAUUACCAAACUUGAAGAGGAAAAGGGGUUCAUGGGUUUGCUCAUUGAAGCAGCAAGAUUGAUAUUUGGUGAAUUCAAAGACGAGGAUUCUGAUUUUGAACCGGAGCCGGAGAAGAAAAGCAGAACAAAGCAGCUGAAACGGAGAAAUAAGUGCUGGGGAAUGGAAUACGUGGAGGAGACGGUGGACGGAAAAUGUUCGUCGCCGGUUGUCCGAUCAAAAAGAGCGAGGAUUCAGGUGUUACCGUGCAAAUACCGAGACUCUAUUAUUGAGCCAUUGACGGGAUUUUCAAGAAAUAGGUCGAGCAUUGUUGCAAAGCUACGGCCAAGAUCGCUUAGGGGGACAUCCGAUAAAAUUAGAACAAUACAUAGAAGAUUAGCAUGAAUUAAGUGGAAAGAUGACGCGCACAAAUCGACAACUUUGGUUCAGUGGUAUAGAGAGAUAGAGAAAAGAGGAAAAUUGAUGAGACAAAGAUGAGAUUUUUAACCUUUGGUAAUCUUAAAAUUACUUCCGGAAUUUAUAAGUUUCUUGCAUUUUAGCAUUUUGAUUGAUAAAAUGUGUAGUGACUACUUUAGCAAUUAAUAGCAGUACUAAAGUAGUAUACAAGAGGAGAAUAUGGCUUUCAAAUUGGUAUGGAUCUUAUGCUUGAUCGUUUAUUCAAGUUGAGGAUCAUGCCAUACUAAACUAAAACGGGUGAUUUUUGUUA